CCUAACUAACUUACUUAUGAUCUGGGUCCACCCCCAUUAAUGUCGUCAUAGUAACAAACUCCCACCCCCAUCUCAAUUAAAUCCUUCAAUUUCACCCCCCAAACUCAGCCAAAUCACAGAGAAAAAGAGAGAGAACCAAAAAUGGUGGGCAUAAAUGUGUUACAAACUUUCCUAUUUCCACCACCACCAUCAGUAUUCGUAACAGCAAUGUCAUUCAUAAGCUUUGGGUCGCUCGCAAAUGCUGGAUUUUCAGAAUUAAAGGGAAAACAUAUGCAGUACUCCAAAUUUUUGAAUUGGAAUCCCAAUAACCAGCAGAAAAACCCUAGCUCUACAAUUACACAACAAAAGAGUAAACUUUCUAGCAAAAUUGGGAUGGCAAUUCUUUAUACUCCUGCUUUUCUUUUUGGGUUUGCUUCCCUUUUUAUCUUCCCUGAUGAAGGUCUCAGAUUUUUCUUGCUUCGUUUCACUCUUACCAUCCAUUUUCUCAAAAGGGUUCUUGAGGUAUUGUUUGUUCACAGAUUUGGCGGUAGUGGUGUUGCUCGUGAUGCAGCGAUUCCUAUUGCUCUUAGUUACUUCCUCUCCACAGUAACCAUGAUUUAUGCACAAUACUUAUCAGUAGAAUUCUCUGAGCCGUCUUUUGACCUGAAAUAUGCUGGAGUUGUGUUGUUUCUGCUGGGAAUAGUAGGUAACUUCUACCACCAUUACAUCCUCGCUACACUAAGGGGAAAGGGUGAGAAAGAGUACAAGAUACCUAAGGGAGGUUUGUUUAAUCUAGUGAUUUGCCCACAUUAUCUCUUUGAAGUAUUGGGGUUUGUAGGCGUAUCUUGCAUAGCUCAAACACCAUAUACCCUCUCGUUCACUGCCGGAACAACUUUGUAUUUGAUGGGUAGGAGUUAUGCCACUAAGAAGUGGUACUUGUCUAAGUUUGAGGACUUCCCCAGGGAUUUGAAGGCUUUUCUUCCUUUUAUUUUCUAGUUGUACUCAAGAAACCAUGCCAUGAAGAUGUUCUUGCUCAAAGAUAAACGAACAGGCCGAGGAAUACUUGUAUUAUGAGGACUUAAGCUUUGUACCACCAAUUUCAGAGGAGGAUUGUAUUAUGAGGACUUAACCUUUCCUCAAUUAUAUAAAGUGUAUGUGGGAUUUAAUUGUUGUGUAUUAUACGAGUAAAGAAAGAAUGAAGUUGGUGGAGGUUAGGGUAAUGCAUUGGCCAUUAGUGUACCAAAGAGGUAAUUAUAUCCGCCCAAAUAUUGUAUGUAAUUCUUCGUUGUAAUUCUUGGAUCUUAGCUUCGUUUACAGUUACUCGAAUCGGGUUCAGGUCGGGUCAUCUCAGGUUUCAGGUCAUGUUCGGUCAGGUCGUGUCAGGUCAUUAAAUCAAACAGGUCGGGUGCAGGUCGGGAACGAUCGUAAUUCGGUCAGGUCUGUCUCGGAUAAUUUCUUCUUCGGGUUCGAUGCGGUCAAUUUCGGGACAGGUCAUCUUUCGUGAUUAUGUGGUGUCGGGUCGGGUUUAUAGCAGGUUUGUAGCAGGUGCUUUCAGGUUCAGGUCAUGCACGGGUCGGAUACUUAUCAGGUGAGGACAAUAGCGGUUUGAGUCAGGUUCGAGUCGGGUUCAGGUUGGUAGUUAUCGGGUUAUACCAUACUUGAUUUCAGGUCACUUUCGGGUCGAUUCGAGUACGGAACAUGUCAUGAAUUUUGUGUGGCGUCGCUUCAAAUUUGUAUCAUUAUUUAAGAUUUCAUUGAAAAUUAAUGCUUGAAUAGUUCAUCUAGUUA